AUGUCACAAACCAGGUCCAGUGGUAGUGAAAAUUCAGAACAUCUACACAACCCAGACUUUCUCAGCAAUUCUGCAUCAUCAUUCAAUACUCGAGAUGUUCGUUCAUUGAGAGUGAGUUUCUGCUCAGCUACGCAAGCGAACGAAGUUAUUCCUAAUAGAAAUGUCAACAUUCCACAAGAAUACAUUCUCCCAGGUGUCAACCAUACCGUGCUCGCAAUGGAAGAGCUAGAUAUUGACCAAUUAUGUCAAAAUGAUCAUGAUUAUGUUAAAACAUUCAUUUACAAAUUGCACGAAGUUGUCAAGAAUACGAAACUUGUUAUAGGAACAAGCGAAGCUUCUACUGAUACAUUGUUUCUUAAAGAUUGCAUUACAUUCAAACUUAGAUUACAUCCAUUGUUUAAAUUUUACGUUGGAAAUGUAAUUUUGUCAGCAAAAGCCGAAUUUGUAAUUAAUUAUAGAAACUAUUCUUUAUUGGUCAUUGAGGAUAAACAUCUAAAUAACAUUAGGCCAACCAAUGACUAUGGGGAACCCCAAAUAGGUGCUGAAAUUCUUGCUUGUGGGGAUGAAAAUAUACGUCAAGCUCGUGAGGCUUUUAAUAUGACUAUAUUUGCAGUUCGUGUGGUUUUCACUUAUGUUACGUUUUACCGUGCUACAAUCAGUAAAAGUUAUUGGAAUGAACUUGCUAUAGGUUGCCCACGACAGCAAUCAAUCACAGUUUUAAGAUGGCCAGGGAAUAGUAGUGAUCCAAUUGUUGGUUUUGAUCUUGCAGAACCAAAUGGAAGAAGAGGAAACGUGAAAAUGGCCAACAACAAUAUUACUCUCAAUUGUCUUGCUAUUCCUAAUAGCCCACGUAAUCAACUUUCAAUCAAUAGUGUUGUACUUACAAUUACGAUUUCCAGAGAUGCAACGGUUGAUGAUCUCCAAACCGCAAUUCAGAAUCAAUUGUCACCUCCAUUCAAUAAUAUUCCUCUCGACAUUCGCCAGAUUUAUUAUUCUGGAAGUGUAGAUGAAAGGCGCAUGCGAUCACCAGCUCCAAUCUCUAGUUUUUCAACGAUAAUCCUCCUAGAAACAUAUAUCACAUUAUUGCAUACUUCCUACGUGAACCAGGGAAUGAAUAAUUAG